GAUGAUCCAUACUAAUGAUGAUUCAUACUAAUAAUAGUAAAACGUUCUCGUAAAAGAUAUGUGGGAACAUACUUGUGAGAGAGACAGAGAGAGAGAGAGAGAGAGAGAGAGAGAGAGAGAGAGAGUCAGAGAGACGGAAAGAGCAGAUGUGGCAAGAAGAGUGAAGACGUUCAAAUACGAUUAGAAGUGAGCGCAUUCAGUCUGAUGUUAGCAGUACCAAUUGGUAUCUGGAUCUCGAAGGAAGGUAGCAAUCUCUCUCUACAAUCUCUUUCUCCUUUGAUUUCUAUCAAAAAGGAUUGUCGAAAAGAUAACGAAAAAAUCGCGAGAAGAAUAAAAGAAACGUAAUAGCCACGAGAUAUUUCCAAAAGUCCCGGAAACGACCAUAAGUUUCCCGGUUGAAUUAGGAACCGAAACGAAAGGAAGAGACACAGAACAUAAGAAUGGGCGGUUAUGCGAUAGUGAUACUUGUGUAAAAAGAUGCAACUCUCAGUAAGACAUAGAGGAUAUUAAUCUAAUCACGAUGACCAACGGUACGAAGCAAAUGGUUAUCAAGUGAGUUGACGCAGUAGUUAUUUAUUAAAAACAGCAAUUAUUGCCCACAGUAAAAGUGAUCUUUUACCGAAAGUGUAUUCCCCGAAUUAUUUUCUUCACCUUAAGUACAGCUAUCUCCCUCUAUUUACAAACUAAUUUGAUAAUAACUAAUUUAAUAUUUGCGAUGCAGUAAUUUAUGCAAAAUUAUUCUAUAACGUUACAGUUAAAGAUAAUCGAAUGCAAGCUAAAUUCGUAGGAACAAAAAUUAUUGACAAAAAAUAGAAUAGUGAAAAAGAUAUUUAACGCUUUUCAUAAAUUUAAUUACGAAGCGCACCGAGAAAUAUUGUGUUUCAAUGUAUGCAAAGACAAACAUGCAGUAAUAAAACGUACUAGGCGUUGAUGUCAUAUCGAGAACCAGACGGCUACUGCGAUGCAAAAAAAAACAGCAACGAGUUGAGAAAGAAUAAUCUUUUCUUUUAAAAAUGUAUUAGGUUCGUAUUCACAACACGCUUAUAACGAUAUUAGCGCAAUAUUUAGCAUAUAAUUUAUGUUACACAUACUAUAGAAUUACGGACUUGUUGGCGCGCUAACAUCGCGUGUAAGCGAGUUCUGAAUAUAUAGGCAUUAGCCUUAGCGAGCUUCGGUAACAUUAAUAAAUAUUCAUAGAAUUACGCAUCACGCCACUCCUCGACAAUUUUUAUCUUGCGUCUGCAAACGUAUAUCAUAAAAAUCAAACUACUUACGUUUCCUCUUCGCAACUAUUGUCUGGUAAAAAAAAGUCCGCUUUUCGUACAAGGAUAUCUAUUGAAAUUUGUCUCGUAAAGUUUAAAUUGCGUAACAGUUUGCAACUGUUAUUCGUAAGCACAAAAACAUUUUUUUAUGAUUUGUACGCAGUUGCAACUUGCACGUACGUCUCGAAGAAACUUACGUUUAAGCAGUGUGGUCAUCAAAUGCAAUUGUUCGUAAUACUUCAUAAUGACAUACCUAGUUGCCACAUCCUCGUCUUUAAAAUAAUAAUGUAUGAUGUACUGUUUUACGAUCUUCAACUCUACAAUUUUUAACUCUGAAUCCGAUAUGGUGGAAGAGGCGAUCCCGUAUGGAACGCCGAUUAACGGUGAUAGCGGUUUUCGGAUUUCUCUUGUGCAUCGCCUUGGCGAUCGCUCUCGGAAUUUUGGCGACCAACAUGACAUGCAACACCACGUCAAAAACCGUAACGUUAAAUGAUGCGAACACAUCGAAGUACAUAAUGCCAAAUAAAAUGAUAUAUAACGAUGUCUGUUUAACACCUGGAUGCGUUCACGCAGCCUCGCAAGUAAUAAAAAACAUGAAUCCUGAUGUGGAACCCUGUGAUGAUUUUUACAAAUUCGCCUGCGGUGGCUUCAUCGAAUCCACUAUAAUUCCUGACGACAAAUAUUGGGUGACUACGUUCUCUGCUAUGAUUGAUGAUAUUGAGAAACAAUUGCGGCUCAGUAUCGAGCAGGACAGUCCAUCAAACGAGUUGAAACCAUUUAAACUUGCCAAAAAUUUCUACAAAUCCUGCAUGAAUAAAACCGCUAUCGAGCAGAAAGGCUUGACACCAUUAUUGAACAACCUAAGGAAACUCGGUGGCUGGCCUGUUUUGGAUGGUGAGAAAUGGAACGAGGACGAUUUCAUUUGGAAAGAUUCCGUCUACAAAUUCCGCAGAUUGGGCUAUUCUCCCAGUUAUUUCAUUGAUAUUAGUAUUAAUCAGGACUGGAAAAAUAGCUCGAGAUAUUUGAUUAACCUCAAUUCACCAGGAUUCGGUCUCGGGCGCGAAUAUAUGACAAAAGACAACGAAAAAAUUGUCGAAGCAUAUUACGAGUACGUAGUAGACAUCGCUGUAAUGCUCGGGGCGAAUCCGGACCGAGCCCGCAAAGAAUUAGAAGAAUCAGUUCAAUUUGAACUUAAUCUCGCCAGCUGCUCCCCGCCUUUUCCAGAACAACGUAACUUAACUCUUCUCUACAAUCCCAUGACUGUGAGUGAGCUGUCUGCAGCCUAUCCUAAAAUACCAUGGUGGGAAUACCUUAACACCAUCCUUGCACCGAAAGUACAAUUAAGUCGGGACGAUAUAGUAAUCGUGCUUGACCCAGGGUAUCUGAAGGGUUUCGAAAAAUUGAUCAAUACGACGCCGAAGAGGGUACAGGCAAACUACGCGCUCUGGAGAGCGACUGCUGAGUCAGUCAAGUACCUAACAGAUGACAUCCGGAAGAGACAGUUGAAAUAUACUACGGUAUUAAACGGAAAGACAGAAAGAGAACCGAGAUGGAAAGAAUGUAUAAACACUGUUUUCGACAGCGUAAUGAUAAUUAGUAUUAGCUCGAUGUAUGUGAGGAAGUACUUUAAAGAGGACGCAAAGAAAACCGCGUUCGAAAUGGUCGAUAAUAUUAGGCAGGAAUUCAUGAAAAUCCUGAAUAAGGUGGAAUGGAUGAACGAGAAGACCAAAACGAACGCUUUAGAAAAAGCAACCGCCAUGACUUUACAUAUUGCUUAUCCAAAUGAACUGUUGGAUGAUAGGAAACUCGAGGAAUAUUAUGAGAAAUUUGAAUUGAGUGCCGACGAUUACAUAGGAAAUGCUUUUAACUUACAUAUAUAUCUAUGGAAUUUUAUAUUUAGUAAACUAAGACAGCCAGCAAAGAAAACAGAAUGGUUAAUUCAUGCUGCAAGAUCCUCUAGCGUUAAUGCAUAUUACUCGCCGUUCGAGAAUAGUAUUGGAAUCGCCGCGGGUAUUUUGCAAGGUGUAUUUUUCAGCAAUGAUCGGCCAAAAUACAUGAAUUAUGGCGGAAUCGGGUGUUCCAUUGGCCAUGAAAUUACUCACGGCUUUGAUGAUCAAGGUAGACAAUUUGAUAAGGAGGGUAAUCUUGUGGACUGGUGGGACCCAGAGACGAACAAGCGUUAUCUCCAGAGAACUGAAUGUAUAAUUUAUCAGUACGGAAAUUAUACCGUAAAAGAAGUCGGAAUGAACUUGAACGGGAUAGACACCUUGGGUGAGAACAUCGCCGACAAUGGCGGCGUAAAAGAAGCCUAUUAUGCAUACAAAGAAUGGGUCAAACGAAACAAUCCGGAACAGAUAUUACCGGGCUUGCCGUACAGCCCGGAACAAAUGUUCUGGAUAAGCGCGGCUAACACUUUUUGCAGCAAGUAUCGGCCGGAAGCACUAAAACUACAGAUUAUGUCGGAUUUCCAUAGUCCGUACGAAUUUCGCAUUAAUGGACCACUAUCGAACAUGGAGGAGUUCUCGCGCGACUUUAAUUGCCCAAUCGGCUCCAGAAUGAACCCCGAGAAAAAAUGUACCGUGUGGUAGAUCUCAGAUGUCUGUAAAUUAUUUGUUAACAAUACCAAUUGACAUCGUUUUUAAUCUUAGAUGUUGCUGUUCUGUGUUUGUUGUUGAAACAAUAAAUUUUUUUCUUGACGGCUGGGCA